CAGGUGGCCUUCUCUGCGGAGUAUCAAAUAACUCCCCAGCUCAAGCCAGAACGAAAGAGAGAAAAUCUUCUGUAGCCAUGGCUUCUUCUUCUGCUCCAUCUCAGCUUCUUCUCAAGAUUAUAUCAGCAGCAACAGCUCCUCACCAGUCUCAUCGGCUCUUCGUGGGCCCCACCAGACCAACCUCGCUUCUCCUGCCAAGUGUCACGCAGCCUCGCCCUUUACUCGCUUUCUCUCGCCGCAGAAACAGCAGUUCCUCUGCUACAACACCAUCUUCAAAGGAAAAGAAAAAAUUACGGCAAAAUGAUGAUGAGGUAGAAGGUGAUUUAGAUGAAGAUGCGAUUGAGGCACUCUUUAGUCAGCUGGAAGAAGAUCUAAAAAACAAUGAGAUGUCUGCAUUUGAUGGUGAUGAUGAGAUAAGUGAGGAAGACCUAGCUAGGCUAGAACAAGAGCUGGAGGAUUCAUUUGGUGAUGGGUUUGAUGAUGAACCAUCCGGUGCAUCAGACUCAAACACAGAUGUUGUCGGAAGCGAAGAUGAUGAUGAUGAAGAAGAACCGCCUUUGAAGCUUAAAAAUUGGCAACUUCGAAGAUUGGCAUCUGCUUUAAAGAUCGGUCGCCGCAAAACUAGCAUCAAAAGUCUUGCAGCAGAGCUUGGACUCGAUAGGGCUGUGGUCCUUGAAUUGCUUCGUGAACUCCCUCCAAACCUUCUACUGAUGUGCGCUUCUCUACCCGAUAAAGUCAUCUCAGCACCUGAAGAGCCUCCAUCUCCACAGCCUGAAAGCGAACCGGUCGAAUCUUCUCCUUUGUUGGUGGAUGUCAAAGAGUGUGAGCCUGUGGUAAAAGCACCGGUCCAUGUUAUGCGAAGCAGGUGGUCUUCCCAAAAACGGCUGAAGAAAGUACAACUUGAAACUCUUGAAAGAGUCUACUGUCGCACGAAACGUCCCACUAAUACGAUGAUCAGCAGCAUAGUGCAUGUGACAAACCUUCCAUGGAAAACAGUGGUGAAAUGGUUUGAAGACAAGCGUCUCAAAGACGGAGUUCCUGAUCAACGCCAACCCUUCAGGCGGUCCACACCUGAGACCGUUUCCACCAACUAAUCGAUCAAAAUGGCUUAAAGACAGACCUGAUGGACCGUUGGAUCUGAUGAACAUUCUCCCCGACAUGGUGCUGGGUUGGUUGUAGGCACGCCCUCGAUCUUACCACGCGUGACGAGGAUACUGUCCCUUUUGUAUCACCUCUCAAGCAAUUUAGGUCCACGAGUGACGUUUUGGAAGCUUUUAAGUCUACUUGGAUUGCAAUAAAUGCGUUUUGAAGGCAUUGAGAAUGACCGCGAAAACAACGGUCUGCAAUGGUUGGUUAGUGGACUGUGUGCCUAUCAUUUCUGUGGUGGAAAUGGAUCCCGAAGGUAUUCUCUUUUAUGUGUUUGUAAUUCCAUAUUGACUAUUAAAAAUAAUUUCUCAGGAGAUAUUUGUGAACGCUUCUGGUACGUAAGCAACAGACGUCUUUACUUCUACUUAUGAAUCAUGCAUAUGGGGUGUGGAGUUGACUCAAA